AUGUCAACUAGAAAAAUUUCAACAUCAGUAUCCACUCCAUCUAUUUCGUCUUUUAGUGAAAAUAGUGCAUUAAAAAAUAGAUCCUUAAAAAUGGAUACAAGGUCACUAGGAAAAUAUUAUACAGCAACUCAAAAAUCAAAUAAAAAUAAAUUAUUUGAAGUUAUUAAUAAUAAAGAUUUAAGAUCAGCAUUUUAUGACUUUUUAGCAACACAAUUUUGUGUUGAAAAUUUAUUAUGUUGGGAAGCAAUUGAAAAAUUUAAACAAAUUAAUGGGUCACCAUCUGAAAUGUAUUCGACUGCUGAAGAAAUUUAUUCAUUGUUUAUCAGAGAUAAUUCAAGAUAUGAAAUUAAUAUUUAUGGUAAACAAAAAGACCGAUUAAAGGAAACUUUAAAACAUACAUUUAUAAUACCAGAAUUUUUAGAAAACAAUAAUAAUAAUUCUAAUAAUAAUAAUUCUAAUAACAAUAAUUCUAAUAAUAGUAAUAAUAGUAGUCCAUCAUCUUCUGAAAAUAAUUUUGGAGGAUUAACUCAAACAAUUUCAACUUUAAAUUUAAAUACCCCAUCAUCAAGUUCAAAUAAAAAUCAUGAUAAAAAUCAUGAUAAAAGUAAUAAUAAUAAUAAUAAUUGUACAAUUGUACAAUCAUCAACAUUUAUAACAAAUGCACCAAUACAAUCUGAUACAUUUCCAAAAAGAAAAAGAAAAAUAAGAUUUAGAAAAUUAAUAUCGAAAUCAAACCUUACAAAUAUAUUUUCCGACCCAAAUAAUAAUAAUAAAUCUGCAUCACUUACAAAUAUACAUUCUCAUACUAGUACAUUACCACCACCACCAACAAUAUUACAAGAAAUUAUACAUCCACCAUUAUCACCUUCAAAUACGAUGAACUUUGAUCCAGAAUUUAAAAAUAUUGUUAAUAAUUUAUCAAACAACAACAACAACAAUAGCACUACAACUACAACUACAACCAAUUCAAAUAAUACACCAAAUAAUGGUUCAAAUUGUGUGGUUGGAUCAUGCUCUGAUAAUGACUCGUUUGUUGUUAUUUUUGGUAACACAAUUGGUAAUAGAAAGAGUGGUUCAUCUUAUGCUCUAUCUGGUAGUGAUAGUAGUGAUGGAGAGUAUGAGGAUUUAUUCGAUAGAAAUAAUAUAAAAUUUGGUAUCGCUAAAUGUUCAAACCUUUUCAAUGAUAUUCAAGAUGAAUUGGAACAAAUGAUGAUAGAGAAUAGUUUGGGUGAAUUUUUAAAAUCAAAACUCUUUAAAGAGAAAACUUUGUACAUACAACAACAACAACAACUACAACAACAACAACAACACCCAAAUCAACAAUUACAAUGUAUAGGUAACAUUUCAAAUACUUUACCCACAAUUACAAAUUCAACUUUAAUUACUUCAAAAUCAAAUAACAACGAUAAUUUAAAUAUUGUUAAUUAG